AUGCGCUUCGCAGCCGCAGUUCUAAGCAGUCUCGCACUCUUACCACUAUCCCUAGCAGCAAGUCCUUAUGGAAAUGAAAAGCCCAACGUGAAAGUAGAAACUCUCUUUCAAUUCGAAAAUAAUGGCUCAUGGAUUGGUAACAUUGUCCUUCGACCAGACGGCAAUCUCCUCUUAACUCGCCUCGACGUCCCCGAGGUAUGGGCCGUCAACACAACUAGUGGAAAUGCAACUCUUGCCUACUCUUUCCCUAAUGUGACAAGCUGUUUCGGCAUCAGUGAGAUAGACACCGAUGUUUUUGCAGUUGUUGUCGGAAAUUUCUCAACAAAGACUUAUGCCCCUACACCUGGGACAUUCGCUGUUCAGCAAUUGGAUUUCCAAGCUCAGGGUAAUCCUGUGGCUUCAACGAUUGCUGCUCUUCCUGAGGCACAGGCUCUUAAUGGAAUGACCACGUUCACGAGGGACUCGCGCUUGGUUCUCAUUGCCGAUAGUCCGAAGGGUGCAAUUUGGAAAGUCGAUGUCGAUUCGGGCGAAUAUUCUGUUGCGUUGAAUGAUACGACGAUGACUCCCUCGGGAGAUGGACUCCCACUUGGAGUCAAUGGAUUGAAGUCGCUUGAUGGAUAUAUCUACUAUUCGAGCACAACACGAAUGCAGUUCUGCAGAGUCAAAGUGAAUGACGAUGCAACUGCAGCUGGAGAUUACGAGGUUAUUGCCAGUGGCUUCUUGCCUGAUGGCCUCGAUGUAGCCCCAGACGGUACAGCAUACAUUGCCACAGAUCCUCAGAACUCCGUUGUCCGUGUCACGCCCUUCGGUCAGAUCUCCCUAGUUGCUGGAGGUCAACUGUCUACCAAGAUUCCUGGAGCAACUUCGGCCCAGCUGACAGAUGAUGGGAAAAUUCUAUAUGCUGGUACUAGCGGAGGCCAAGUAUCGCCUGUUCUGGGAACUUUCAUGGAACCUGCGAAGGUGGCGAAGAUUACCUUUAUAUGA